AAAAAGUAUUCGCAUCAUUUUAGAGCUCCGAUAUUUGACAACAUCGGAGAUGAAAGUCUGGGACAGUUAGUGUAUCAACGGCUUUGAACUUCAAGCACAUGUAGAGGGUGGCAUAUCGAUUAAGUAACGGGUGCAGAAUACGUUGAGGAAAUAGUAUAUUAUGUGAAAAUGUGGUGGUGUUUUAUAUGUUUGGUGGUGGCCGUGGGUGCUGUGGAUCUACCUGAUUUGGAAAACCUUACUACCACUAAUGAAUCGUUUGUGAUACACACUGAGCCGCUAAGAAAUAGUUUUCCCAAAAUAUUACCGGACUGUCAAGAUUGUGCAUGUGGCGAGCGCAACGAGGAGCCGCGCGUAGUGGGCGGCGCGGAGGCGAGCGUGAACGCGUUCCCGUGGCUCGCGCGCCUCAUCUACCACAAGAUAUCUCACUCAUGUGGCGAGCGCAACGAUGAGCCGCGAGUGGUUGGCGGCGCGGAGGCCAGCGUGAACGCGUUCCCUUGGCUCGCGCGCCUCAUCUACCACAAGAUGUCUCACUCAUGUUGCGAGCGCAACGAGGAGCCGCGCGUAGUGGGCGGUACCGAGGCCAGCGUGAACGCGUUCCCGUGGCUCGCGCGCCUCAUCUACCACAAGAUGUCUCACUCAUGUGGCGAGCGCAACGAGGAGCCGCGCGUAGUGGGCGGUACCGAGGCCAGCGUGAACGCGUUCCCGUGGCUCGCGCGCCUCAUCUACCACAAGAUGUCUCACUCAUGUGGCGAGCGCAACGAGGAGCCGCGCGUAGUGGGCGGUACCGAGGCCAGCGUGAACGCGUUCCCGUGGCUCGCGCGCCUCAUCUACCACAAGAUGUCUCACUCAUGUGGCGAGCGCAACGAGGAGCCGCGCGUAGUGGGCGGUACCGAGGCCAGCGUGAACGCGUUCCCGUGGCUCGCGCGCCUCAUCUACCACAAGAGCUUCGGCUGCGGCGCCUCGCUCAUCAACGAUAGAUAUGUCGUUACUGCUGCUCAUUGUGUUAAAGGAUUCAUGUGGUUCAUGUUCCGCGUGUCGUUCGGCGAGCACGACCGCUGCGACACGAAGCGCGAACCGAACAUUCGCUUCGUGGUGAAGAUGGUGGUUCACGACUUCACUCUGAAGGAGCUCAGCAACGACAUCUCUCUGCUGCAGCUGAACGAGCCUGUGGCGUACUCGCACUCGGUGCGCCCGGUGUGUCUGCCGCCUGCGGAUGCUUCCACCUUCGCCGGCACCCGAGCCACAGUGGCGGGCUGGGGCGCCGUGGCCGAGACCGGCAAGUGGUCGUGCCAGCUGCUGGAGGCCGACCUGCCCGUGCUCAGCAACGACGCCUGUCGCGCCACCAAGUAUAAUGAGACUAAGAUUAAGGACGUCAUGAUGUGUGCUGGGUACCCUGAGACGGCGCAUAAGGAUGGGUGUACUGGUGACAGUGGAGGCCCAUUGGUUGCCGAAAAUACUGAGAACCAGUAUGAACUUAUAGGCAUCGUUUCCUGGGGAUACGGAUGCGCCAGAAAAGGUUACCCAGGAGUUUACACAAGAGUCACGAAGUAUCUAGAUUGGAUCAAAAGUAACACUGAAAAUGGUUGUUACUGUAAAUAUUUGAAUUAUAGAAUGUGUUUUUUCAAAUGGAAAUUGUGUUCGGUUUUGACUUUUAUGUGCAUUGUCGGUUUUGUGGUUUGUGUUAAUGAAACGCUGAAAAAGAUCGAAGAUGACCCGGAAUAUGCUGAAAGACGAAAGUGUGACUGCCGCUGCGGCGAGCGCAACGAGGCGUCCCGCAUCGUGGGCGGGCAGGAGACGGGCGUGAACGAGUUCCCGUGGGUGGCGCGCCUGUCCUACCUCGACAAGUUCUACUGCGGCGGCAUGCUGGUCAACGACAGAUACGUGCUGACCGCCGCGCAUUGUGUUAAAGGGCUCAUGUGGUUCAUGAUCCGGGUGACGCUGGGCGAGCAUGGCCGGUGCAACGAGUCGGUCCGCCCGGAGACCCGGUUCGUCGUCCGGGUCGUCUCGCACAACUUCUCCUACCAUACGUUUAAGAACGAUAUUGCCUUGCUCGAGCUGAACGAGAGGGUCAAUAUCAGUGAAACUGUGAAGCCGGUGUGUUUGCCGCAUAAUGAUGAGAACUCGUACGCCGGCGCGACAGGCAUCGCCGCCGGGUGGGGGUCCAUAAACGAGAACAAGAACCACUCCUGUGUUCUACAAGAUGUAGAGGUUCCGCUGCUCAGCAACCAGGACUGUAGGAACACCAAGUACGACAAGGAGAUGAUCUCUGAUGACAUGAUCUGUGCCGGAUACCCUGAUAAGGGGAAGAAGGAUACUUGCCAGGGUGACAGUGGUGGUCCAUUAACAGUUGAAAGAGGAGACAAACGAUAUGAAUUAGUUGGAGUGGUCUCGUGGGGCAUCGGGUGCGGGCGCGUGGGCUACCCCGGCGUGUACACGCGGGUCACCAAGUACCUGUACUGGAUCCGGCACAAUGCGCGCCGCGGCUGCUUCUGCUCAGACUGACCGGGUUAUAGUUGGAUUAGGGUGAGGUCCAUUGGUGCGUUGAGCUGCGUCGUGGUCCUUAAUCAACGGUCGUC